AUCAGCACCAAUAUUCAAGCUGACUGAUAAAAAAGUGUUGGAAGAAACUACUAUCAUCUUGCCAUGUGAACCUGCAGGUUUCCCCAAGCCAAAUAUCACGUGGUUAUUCAAUGAUGAUCCAAUCCCAUGGGAACAUUCAAUAGAUAACGAUUAUUUGAUCCUAAACAAUGUUAGACAUGGAAGACAUGAUGGUCGAUAUACUUGUGUAGCUACCAGCAAGGCCGGUACAGUGUUCACUUCUGCAUCACUUAUCGUUCAUGUUAAACCAGUGAUCACCAUCAAACCUACUGAUCAAAGAAAGCGAGAAGGAUCUGAUGUCAUCUUUCGAAUCAAAACUACAGGGUUCCCAUCACCAGCUAUCAAGUGGCUAUUCAACAAUGGACCCAUCCCAUGGAAUCAUUCUAUUGAUAGCUUUGGUUGGGUCUUUAAUCAUAAAGGAUGUUAGACGUGGAAAGCAUGAUGGCCGAUAUACUUUUGUGGCUACCAAUGAUGUUGGGUCUAUUUCUACUUCUGCAACACUUUUUGUUUAUGUGAAAGUAACUGCACACGUACCAAGUAGAAAGUACGUAUUUUCUCUAACAACCAAAAGAGCGAACCUUAUUUGUUAUGGUCGUGGAUUUCCUCUACCAAAUAUUACAUGGACCAAGGAUGGGCUCCCUGUGUCACUGAAUCAAACAGACAGGCUUAUCAACGAAACUUUUAUUGAAAGUAGACUAAACCUGGGACACMUGACAAUUGACAAGGCAGGACGAUACUUUUGUCACGUGGGUAAUGAUGUGCAUCGUCAGGAACCGAUACGCAUUGCUAUAGACGUCUUUCGAGGCUGUCCCAGUGCCUGGAAAACAUAUCGAGGUUCAAAUUCCUGUUAUCGUAUUGUCAACACCCGUACGGCAAAAUGGGACGUCGCGCGUCGAUCUUGCAUAUCGAUGGGUGGUUACUUGGUGAAGAUCGAUUCAGAGGAAGAGAACCGCUAUGUGACUAAAUUGGCAAGUGAAGCAAGUUCAGCGGAAAUUAUGUGGAUCGGACUGUCUAGAAUUUGUCAGGCCGAUACUCAAAAUGGAAUAAAGGAGAACCAAAUAAUGCUAAAGGCAACGAGGACUGUGUUCAUCUUUAUGUUCGUGACAGCCAUGCACCUUAUUGGAACGAUCACAUCUGCAAUUAUCCGGAAGGGAAACCCUUUUAUACCUGCGAAAUGGAACGUAUCUAAUAAUAACUGUAGCCAUACAACUCUCACACGAUGCUAAUGGUUUUCUUCUUCUUCUUUUUUUUUUUUUGGUUUCUUUGAUUCUAAGAUAUAGAAGUUAAAAUGGUUUCUGAUUGGCUAAUGCCGGAAAUGUUCUUGAAUUUUAAAAAAAUGUCUUCAAAAGUAGGCAAAAGCUCGAUCUUUAUUACGUAUAAUUAUUCAAUGAAGUCUUGCAUUUGAGGCAAUAGUUCAGGCAGAAACCUGACGUUUUUCAUUGGGCCCAACUAUACAUAAUCAAAAGUUAGCAGGGAAUUAGCUUUAAUCUAUAGCCGCCACCAUAGACGCCAUCAUAGUUUUUAUAUUGUAAUAAAGGUUAGUUACGUCAUUGUUGUUGACAUUUUGUAGCAGCGAAUAUCAAUAAAAAAAUAAAGUUAAACUUAAUUAGUGUU